CGGUGCGCAACUGCAAGUCCCAGUUCUCGAGGUCAGCGUCGCUCAUGAUGACGGGAAGGGUCACGAAGACGCGCUUCUCCACCAUCGCGUUGUUGUUCGUUGCCUUCACGAGCUUCUGCACUGCCGCCAAGUGUUCCAAUUCCUGGAGACGCAUGCGCUCCUCCAUCAUUUCCUUCUCCUUGAGCAGAGCGCGCUCAUGCUUCAUGCUCUCCUUCUCGUGCACCAGCUGCUUCUCAUGGAGGUCAGCCAGCAGUGUCAUGAUGGCCGUCUGGUCUCCCAGUUGGCCAGUGCGGUCCGUGAGGUUCGUAAGGCGGGUAGUGAAAGGGUUCUCGGGGUUAGGAUCUUCUUGGAAUUCGGAGCUGACGUGAGUGUCUUCGUCCUCCUGACGGCGCUCGGGUUCCUUGCCAAGGUUGGCUCCGGCGCGGUUGAGCUCGCCGUCCACGAUGUCGACCAACGGAGUAUUCUGCAUGUCAAGCAUGUCUUCUUCGUCACCAAGGUAGAUGCUACGGCGCGAGGGCCCAGCUCGGGCGGACUCUCUAGCCAUUGUGUCGUUCACUGCUUC